ACUAGCCAUCCUCCUCCACCACCUCCACAUAUUACUUUAAUCCAUAACAGAACAAAAAAGCAGAGCUUUCUAAGCUUAUCGACAAAACCAUGGAAGCAGACACCCAAGAUAUAGUCAUCGUCGGAGCUGGAAUCUCCGGCCUUGCCACCGCACUUGGACUCCACAGGCUUGGGAUAAGAAGCACGGUGCUUGAAUCUUCUGAGAAACUAAGAGCCACAGGAUUUGCACUUUCCUUUUAUUUCAAUGCUUGGAAGGCCCUAGAAGCUCUUGGUAUCUCUCAGCAUCUUCGAAAUCACCAUGAUCGACUUCAAGGAUGGAUGGUCGGAUCCAUCUCUGCUGAGAAUCCUCCUAAAGAGAUGUUAUUACCAGAAUCUGAAGAAUAUGAGGUUCGAUGUGUACAUCGGAAGAUGUUGUUAGAGGCUUUAGCGGGUGAGUUACCUGAAGGGACCAUAAGGUUCUUAUCCAAGGUUGUUCAUAUCGAACUGUCUGGACACUACAAGAUUGUUCAUCUCUCAGACGGGACUACACUCAAAACCAAGGUCUUGGUAGGGUGUGAUGGAGUGAACUCAGUGGUAGGUAAAUGGCUGGGCUUCAAGAGUCCGGCUUCAACUGCCCGGUUAGGAAUUCGAGGGCUCGCUCAUUUCCCAACAGGCCAUGGAUUUGAGAAAAGGUUCUUUCAGUUUUAUGGUAACGGUGUUCGUUCAGGUUUCGUCCCCUGCGACCAAAAUAGUGUCUACUGGUUCCUAACCCACACCUCUACUAGUUUAGCCGAGGAGACAAAUCCUGAAAACAUUAAACAGUUUGUGCUUAACAUGAUUAAAGACUUACCUAAAUACAUCAAGAGUGUUGUGGAGACCACUGAUCUUGAUAGCAUGGUGAUGUCCCGGUUAAAGUAUCGACCUCCGUGGGAGCUCCUUUGGGCAAACAUUGCAAAAGACAACGUAUGCGUUGCAGGGGAUGCACUUCACCCUAUGACCCCUGAUAUAGGACAAGGUGGUUGCUCAGCCAUGGAAGAUGGAGUUAUCCUUGCUCGUUGUCUCGGUGAAGCUAUAAAAUUUAAAAAUGAUCUGAUGGGUGAAACAGAAGAUGAUCAAAACGAGAGUUAUAAGAGGAUUGAAGUAGGUUUAAAGAAGUAUGCAAGAGAAAGGAAAUGGAGAAGCAUUGAUCUUAUAAUUGCGGCAUAUACAGUAGGUUUCAUACAGCAAAGCAGAGGGAAGUGGAUGAACCUGUUCACAGACAGGUUCUUGAGGUCUUUCCUUUCUCGGUUACGGCUGAAAAUGUCUCAUUUCGAUUGCGGAAGCCUUAGCAUUAGUUCUCAUGAAAUGUAAUCUUUGCACCAAUUCUUUUUUUUUUUUUUUUUAAUAUAUACUAGCUAUGGAGCCUUCGGACCGGAAACUCAUUCUAGUAAAAUAUUUAUUACAAAAAUUCUUUGAUUA